AUGAAGACCACUAACACUUGUGGUCUUCACCUCCAACCGUGUCAUUCUCCCUCUCCUCCACUUCUCAUACUCCACCACCACUACCACCGUCAACAACCACCAGGGAGUUGGCAGCCACCCCUCCAGCUCACGUCCACCGCAACCACUACUAUACCGUACAACCAUAAUCUUCUUCUCCAACCAGUGCUCCAAAUUUGCAGGUGUCGCAGGUGGGACUCCAAUGCAGAGUCUUUCAGAACCCGGAACUUCAAUCAUAAUUUUGAUGAAGAAGAAGAUGAUGAUGACACUGGAAAUGAUGACAUUGUGGAACAAGGGCUGGGGGUUCUUGAAGAUUAUAUUGACAGUAUUUGGAUUAUUAAGGUCUUCAGAUCGUUUGGUUGGGCACUUCCCUUCAUCCUUGUUUCAAUACUGCUAGCAACUGGUCUGAAAGCAUUUCUUAUGGCUUUAGCGCUUCCUCUUGGGCAGUCUACUUUUUCAUUUGCAAUCCAAAAGAUGCGGGGUGGGAAAGACAAGAGACCAAAGCACAAGACCAAGACUAAGAGUAGAUCAUAUCCCCGAUCUUCAAGAACUGUCGAGCGGGGUAAAGAAAAAAGAGCAACAAAUCCAGGAAGAAAAAAGCAAAGAUGGGGUAUCAAUCAUGGGUUCCUGGACAUGAUGAUUCAACUGAUCAAGUUGAAAAGAAUGCACCAACAUUUGGCGGAUGGGAUGAGUUAGACGGUUUGAGUGAGUUUGAUAUAGGAUCUUCAAGUAGUUCAGGUCAAAGUGUAGGCAAAUCAAAGAAUUCACCUCCAGAGAACGGUAGGUUGAGUAUGAGAACUGAGAAAAGUGAUACACCUUUGUUGUUGAGAUUGCU